GUCUUGUUCUGUAGGCACCGACUCUGCUAGGCUUCCCAGGAGAAUUAACUUCUAUCAACAUAUAUUCGGGAAAACGGUGAUUACAACUUCGAAAGGGCUGUAAUCAUCGCUAAGAUGAGACAUCCAAUCUUCUCACUCCUCCUCAGUAUUGGACUCCUAAACCAUGUGCAUGUCCGAGGCGAUUCGAUCCGAGAAGAUCACAUCCCUGAGGACCUGAAUGGAUCGAACUUUACAUAUCCAUGGCCUGUCAAACUAUACCAAUUCACGACUCAACACGCUCAGACUCUAGAAAUGGCAUUCAUGGACGUCGCUCCAACAAGUACUCCCAACAAUAAAACCGCAGUUCUGCUGCACGGGAAGAACUUUUGCGGUCCAACUUGGAAUGCCACUGCCAUUGUGCUUACUCAAGCCGGCUACCGAGUUAUCCUUCCUGAGCAGAUUGGAUUCUGCAAGUCCUCGAAACCUGUUCACUACCAAUUUAGUCUACAGCAGCUUGCCUAUAAUACCAUAGGUCUACUCAAAGCUUUGAACAUCGGGAACAUAACACUCAUCGGCCACUCGAUGGGUGGUAUGCUGUCAACGAGACUCUCUUUGAUGUAUCCAGAAAACAUCACGGAGCUAGUUCUCGUUAAUCCCAUCGGACUCGAAGAUUGGAAAGCUCUUGGGGUGCCGUGGCAAGAGCUGGACAUAACCUGGGCGAUCGAGGCAGCGAGCAACUACACCACUAUCCGUGCUUACGAGCAGUCUACCUACUACGUCAACACCUGGAAUUCAAGCUACGACAUAUGGGUCAACAUGCUCAACAACAUCUAUCACGGAAGUCAAGCAAAGGAGUUUACCUGGGAUCAAGCUCUUACAACAGAUGCCGUCCUCACCCAGCCUGUGGUCUACGAGUUUCCAUUGUUAAAGCCAAAGACGUUGUUGAUGAUUGGUGCUAAGGAUAAUACGGCAAUUGGGAAGGCUUGGUCUCCGCCAGAUGUUCAGGCAAAGCUAGGACACUACAAUGUGUUGGGAAAACAAGUGGCUGCAAUGAUCAACGGGUCAACAUUGAUCGAGUUCCCAGACUUGGGACACGCACCUCAGAUUGAGGAGCCGGACACAUUUCACGCCGCGCUGAUGGGGUGGUUAAGUGAAUGAUUUAGAUGAUAGUAAUCUAAAAGACUCCAGCUGUGAUCAGAGACGUAAAAUUCACUCUCAAAGACGAAUAUUUGUCUUCCAUGCAUAUUAAAAGAGCUGUAAGCACUAAUUAU